ACAAUUAACGUCGAGAAACGUUUGUUAUCAUAAGUGAUUUAUAUACAAUUCAUUUUGAAUGUUCGACUAAAAUAUCGCGGAGGAAUCGUCGCCAGCUUCAAUCCGGGCUAACUCUUCUACAAACCACAAACUAUAUCUGGACAGCGUUGCCACUACAGUAAUGGUGAAUGACAAAGAGGUGAAUGUGCGGACCAUUACGGUGGAGGACCGUACUGGGAAGGUGAAAGUCAGCCUGUGGCGCAACAUUGCAGCAGAGCCUGUGGUGUUGGGGGAUGUUGUUGCCAUCACCAAUAUUGUUGUCAACAGCAAGAGAUAUAACAAUGAGGAAUCCCUGUCGUCAACACAAUUUACAAAGAUAGAGGUUACUGACAUGCCAAACACCGAGAUGACGGCCACCAUUCUAGGACUUGACCUGGGUGAUGUGGAAUCCCAGUUACUCACAGAACAGGAUGGAAUCUUCAAUGUAUCAAACGAAGUGCUAGUUGCAGCCUUUCAGUGUCAGUUGGAAGACAUUACAGCCAAACUACCAAAAACACUGAAUUUCAUAGCCAAAGGACAGUCUGUGGUCACCUUUAAUGAGUGAAAAAUCAUGUUCAAAGUUUAUAGUUUAGAGAUGUUUACUUUUCAUACACUGGAGCAUGACAGUCUGUGGUCACCUUUAAUGAGUGAAAAAUCAUGUUCAUAGUUUAUAGUUUAGAGAUGUUUACUUUUCAUACACUGGAGCAUUCAUAGUGUUGCCUGUUAUAUCAUUCCAUCACCAAGAAUUACCAAACUUGCUAGCUCUUGACCUGGGUGGUGUGGAAUCAAGCUUAGUCACAGAACAGGAUGGAAUCUUCACUAAAUCGAACGAGGAUCUAGUUAUCACCUAGGAUUACUAAACUUAGUGUGAGGAUGCAUAUAUUGAAUGCAGCGUUCCACUUUCAUCAGUUUCAUGUCCUUCUGACGUUGACCUUUACAUUUGAUCUUCAUUAUUUAGAGUAAUAUUCUUGAUGAAAAUUCACUUUAAAACACACAAAAAUCUAUCUUUGUCUGUUAGAGGACAUUACCUAUCUGUCAUUGAUGUGACAGAUUGAUGCAUUAUUUGAUGUGAAAGUGGCGUAUUUUACCUAUUAUAAAAGUCAUUUGAAUUCAAUUUGAGAAUUUUAUUUCUCAUAGUUCCUGCCCACAACUGUCAAUCAUUAUGUGAACCACCAGCCGCGUUUCACAAUUUUACUUUAAAGGUACCAGUAUGAAACAAGAGCAGCAAUGUGCCAAUCAACCUCUUGUGUACUUUUUAAUUGGCCAAUU